AUGAAUAUUAGAGCCGAAUUAGCCAAGUUUUUAAACCUAUGUUUUGUCUUUUCAUCAGCAUACAUGUUUUGGCAAACAUAUUCAAUUAUUGCAGAUACACAUUCACCAAUUGUAGUAGUAUUAUCAGGAUCAAUGGAACCAGCAUUCCAAAGAGGUGACAUUUUAUUCCUUUGGAAUAGAAAUCAAUAUUCUAAAGUAGGUGAUAUUGUUGUGUAUGAAGUCGAAGAUAAACAAAUUCCAAUUGUCCAUAGAGUAUUGAGAGAACAUCAUAGUACAAAAAAUAAUGGUAAACAAUUAUUAUUAACUAAAGGUGAUAAUAAUGCAGGUAAUGAUAUUCCUUUAUAUGCAGGUAAGAAAACUUAUCUAGCUAAAAAUACAGAUAUUGUGGGUACAGUGAAAGGUUAUUUCCCUCAAUUGGGUUAUGUAACUAUUUGGGUAGCCGAGAAUAAAUAUGCUAAAUUUGCAUUAUUAGGUUUCCUAGCCAUAACAUCAUUGUUAGGAGACGAAUGA